GUUGGUGUCAACAGUCCAAGCUACGAUGGCAACGGUGUCGGGGAUCACAGUUGUCCUUAACUGCAAAGACGUGGUGUACGACAGGCACUGGCUGGCCGUAGAGUACAUCUGGGUCCUCGUUCCCUACAUGACCUAUGACAUUUACGUCAUGUACCUCUGCCACUGGCACAAAAGCCGGGACAGGGGAGUCGUGGAGAAGAAGCACUCACUGGCCAGCGUGCGGAGCUUCCUCCUGCAGGAGCGGCUGAUGGUGACCCACCACCUCUUCAUCCUCGUCGUGCUCACCCCCGUCACCCAGCACUUCAGGGGAGAGCUGGGGGACUUCUUCGUGGGCUGCAUCUUCACAGCAGAGCUGAGCACGCCUUUUGUAUCGCUGGGCAAAAUCCUCAUGCAGCUCAAAAUGCAGGACACACUCCUGCACAAGGUGAACGGAAUCCUCAUCCUGGUGACCUUCUUCCUCUGCCGUAUUCUCCUCUUCCCCUUCAUGUACGCGGCCUACGCCAGGCAGGUGGGAAUCCCCAUUUACAUGGUGCCGUUCCGCAUCCCCCUGCACUGCAACAUAGCCAAUGCCUCCCUCAUCGCCCCCCAGCUCUACUGGUUCAGGCUCAUCUGCCGCAAAGCCGCCCGACUCUACGGCGGGGCGCCCCCUGCCACAAACAGAAAAGACACGACGACUGCCAGCACUGCGGGGACCAUCGCAGAAGCAGGGUGGCGGACGCAGCGAUAG